AGCCCGGGGCUGCAGCCUGCUUGGCAUGACACCCGGUGACCACCGGGGAACCCUCGCUCCUCGGGCCGGAGACUUCCAGCUGACUAAAGGGGAGGCUCCGUAGAGUUGGAAAAGAAGCCAGAAGUGCUGGUGCCCGGCCCCUGAAAGAGCGCAGGGAACGGGGGCAGCGCCAACAGAAGCACCAGCAGCAGUCCGGGGCGGGGGGACUCUGAAGGAGACGGCCACCCGUUUCGCCCAUUCGGACGGGACGCAGUCGCAGCUUUCUAAAUGACGGAAAACCACACGAAACAAUAAUAAAAAAAAAAAUAAACUUUGGAGGGCUGCCACCGGAGAUGUUGGUGGUGCACGGAAAUCGGGGAUCGCUCCUCCCGGGAGCAGCUGGCGCGGCGAGGAAGGGCUCUUGCACGGACUGAAGCUCGGGGACACUGCGGGAGCGGCACCGAAGGGGAGAGAGUGGCAAGAGAAUGAAGAAGCCAACUGCCCGGGAGAAGCAUGAGGUGGCCGCGUGGUGCUUGGAUUAGAGGGCGGCAGCUGAGGGUCCCAUGGGUGUCGGUGCUGCCGCUGUUGGCCCUGCUGGCCCUCGGGGCCCCCGCUUGGGUCUUGGCGGCCGCCCCGGCAGUGCCCGAACAGCAUGCCGCCCCCAACGCUGCUCCCAGCCAGCCGCCACUCGACUGGCUGCUCGCUGACCGGGGCCCUUUCCACCGCGCCCAGGAGUACACCGACUUCACAGAGCGCUUCCGCCAGGGUUUCACCACCAGGUACAGGAUUUACAGAGAGUUUGCCCGUUGGAAGGUGAAUAACCUGGCUCUGGAAAGGAAGGACUUUUUCAGCUUGCCACUGCCCCUCGCCCCGGAGUUCAUCCGCAAUAUUCGCCUCCUGGGGCGACGACCCAACCUGCAGCAGAUCACGGAAAACCUGAUCAAAAAAUACGGGACCCACUUCUUGCUCUCAGCGACACUUGGAGGGGAGGAGUCCCUGACCAUCUUUGUGGACAAGCGGAAACUGAACCGAAAGGCAGAGUCGGGCGCAGCCCCUGCGGCUGCUGGGGCCGGGGGGAGUGGGAACGGCACGGCCGUGUCCCUGGAGACCCUGCAUCAGCUGGCUGCCUCCUACUUCAUCGACCGAGAGAGCACCUUACGCCGGCUCCACCACAUCCAGAUAGCCACGGCCGCUAUCAAGGUCACAGAAACCCGGACCGGCCCUCUGGGCUGCAGCAACUAUGAUAACCUGGACUCGGUCAGUUCAGUUCUGGUGCAGAGUCCCGAAAACAAAGUACAGUUACUCGGCCUGCAGGUACUGCUGCCCGACCACCUACGGGAGCGCUUUGUGGCCGCCGCACUCAGCUACAUCACCUGCAGCUCGGAGGGGGAUCUCAUCUGCCGGGAAAAUGACUGCUGGUGCCAGUGUGGGCCCAGCUUUCCAGAAUGCAACUGUCCGGAUGCCGACAUCCAGGCCAUGGAGGACAGCUUGGUCCAGAUCCAGGAGGCCUGGGUCAUCCACAACCAGCAGUUUGAGGACUCAGAGGAGUUCCGGUCCCUGCUGCAGCGGCUCCCCGGGGACCGUUUCCUGAACACCACGGCCAUUGCCCAGUUCUGGGUCGUGGACGCCAGCCUGCAGCACCGCUACCAGCAGCUGGGAGCCAGCCUGAAGCUGCUCCUCAAGAAGGCCCACCGCAUCGUCCGCCGCCUCUUCAACCUCUGCAAGCGCUGCCGCAGGCAGCCUCGCUUCCGCCUCCCCAAGGAGAGGCCAGUGUCCUACUGGUGGCACCGGAUCCAGUCCCUCCUGUACUGCGCCGAGACCGCCUUCCCGGGGACGUUCCUGGAGCAGAGCCAUGGCUGCGCCUGCCCCCGUGACCAGCCGGUAGCCAUCUCCUCGUCCUCCUCCUCCUCCUCCUCUUCCUCGCCCUCCUCCUGCCAGGGCCUCAUCCCCUGCACCCUGGGCGAAGGGCCCGCCUGCGCCAGCUGCGCGGCCGACAACGGCACCCGCUGCGGAGGCUGCAAUCCGGGCUUCGUGCUGAGCCAGGGGUUGUGCCGGCCGGAGGCGGCCGAGUCCUCGGAGGCCUUCCUGGGCCUAGAGACGGACCUUCAGGACCUGGAGCUCCGGUACCUGCUGCAGAAGCGGGACAGCCGCCUCGAAGUGCACGCCAUCUUCAUCAGCAAUGACAUGCGCCUGGGCGGCUGGUUCGAUCCCUCGUGGCGGAAGCGGAUGCUGCUCACCCUCAAGAGCAACAAGUACAAACCCGGGCUGGUGCACGUGAUGCUGGCCCUCUCCCUGCAGAUCUGCCUCACCCGCAACAGCACGCUGGAGCCCGCCAUGGCCAUCUACGUCAACCCCUUCGGGGGCAGCCACUCGGAGAGCUGGUUCCUGCCUGUGGCCGAGGGCGACUUCCCGGACUGGGAGAGGACUAGCAUUGACGCGGUGGCCCAGUGCCAAAACUGGACCCUCACCCUCGGCAACAAGUGGAAGAGCUUCUUCGAGACUGUCCAUGUCUACCUGAGGAGCCGCAUCAAGUCACCGGACGGCAGCUCCAAUGAGACGCUCUACUACGAGCCCCUGGAGACGGCUGAUCCCUCCAAGAACCUGGGCUACAUGAAGAUCAACAGCCUGCAGGUCUUCGGCUACAGCCUGCCCUUCGACCCCGACGCCGUCCGGGACUUGAUCCUGCAGCUCGAUUACCCCUACACGCAGGGCUCCCAGGACUCUGCCCUCCUGCAGCUCCUGGAGAUCCGCGAUCGGGUCAACAGGCUCUCGCCACCCGGCGAGGUGCGGCUCGACCUCUUCUCCUGCCUGCUCCGCCACCGGCUCAAGCUGGCCCACAAUGAAGUGGGCCGGAUCCAGGCCUCCCUGCGGGCCUUCAAUUCCAGGCUGCCCAACCCAGUGGAGUAUGAGACGGGCAAGCUGUGCAGCUAGCCAGGGGGCCCUGCUGGCUGCUGCCCUCUCCGAGACAGCCGAGUCGGAGUCCGGGGGCACUCCUCUUUGUGAUGGCCGCGUCCUCUCUGGGGCUUGGACCGA